AUGUCUAAGAGAAGUAUCGCCUCGGAGGAAGAGCAGAGGGUGGUCGCCGCCAAAAUCGGAGGGAAUGAUGUGCCAGCCGUCGGCUCCAAGAACGAAGAGCCCGAUAUUGAGAUGGGAGAGUUCGAGGAUGCAUACAGCGACGAAUUUGAAAGCGAUGGUGAGAUAAUAGAAGUGGAUGAGGAGGAGGAUAAAGAAGAGGAUGAAGAGGGCAUUGAUGAACAAAAGUUUAUAGAGAAAAAGCAACAGGAUGCUCAAAAGCAGCUUGAAAAGGAACAAAAGGAAGACAAUGCCAGGGAGGAAUUAUAUUUGCCACAUUUAUCUCGGCCUUUGGGGCCUGAUGAAGUGUUGGAGGCUGAUCCAACUGUUUACGAAAUGCUACACAAUGUGAACAUGCCAUGGCCGUGCCUAACCUUGGAUGUCAUACCUGAUGGAUUGGGGACUGAGCGUCGAAACUACCCCCAAUCUCUUCUCAUGACCACCGCAACACAGGCUUCGAAGAAAAAAGAAAACGAAUUGAUGGUGCUCAAGCUUUCGCAAUUGAACAAGACCUUGGUCAAGGGCGACGGCGACGAUGAAGAAGAAGACGAGGACGACGAGGGCGACGAUAGCGAUCCCAUUAUUGAAAAUGAAAACAUACCACUCAAAGACACUACGAACAGAAUAAAGGUCUCCCCAUUCGCGUCCAAACAAGAGGUGUUGACGGCCACCAUGAGCGAAAAUGCUGAGGUGUACAUCUAUGACUUAGCUCCACAGACAAGAGCUUUCGAAACACCUGGCUAUCAAAUUCCCAAAGCUGCCAAGCGUCCACUCCACACAGUCAAAAACCACGGGAAUGUUGAGGGUUACGGUCUGGAUUGGUCUCCUUUGAUCAAAACGGGUGCCCUGUUAACCGGUGACUGUUCGGGUCAAGUUUUCUUGACACAGCGUCAUACGUCAAAGUGGGUUACUGACAGGCAGCCCUUUACCGUGUCUAAUAACAAGUCAAUCGAAGAUAUCCAAUGGUCGCGUACGGAAUCCACCGUUUUUGCCACCAGCGGAUGCGACGGUUAUAUAAGGAUCUGGGACACAAGGUCAAAGAAGCAUAAACCGGCCAUCUCUACAAAGGCUUCUACCACAGAUGUCAACGUUAUCAGUUGGAAUGAAAAGAUCGGUUAUCUAUUGGCAAGCGGUGCGGAUGACGGUAAAUGGGGUGUCUGGGAUCUUAGACAAUUGUCGCCCAACAAUAGCGACAAUGUGCAGCCCGUCGCACAAUAUGGCUUCCACAAAGGUGCAAUCACAUCGAUUAGUUUCAACCCGCUUGAUGAAUCAAUUAUCGCUGUUGCAUCUGAGGACAACACUGUGACCCUGUGGGACUUAUCUGUGGAAGCAGACGAUGAAGAGAUCAAACAACAAACGUUAGAGGUAAGCGAGUUGAAGCAAAUUCCUCCUCAGCUUUUAUUCGUUCACUGGCAAAAAGAGGUCAAAGACGUCAAAUGGCAUAGGCAAAUCCCAGGCUGUCUUAUCAGUACUGGUACAGAUGGUCUGAAUAUCUGGAAAACAAUCAGUGUUUAG